ACUGGAUGAGGCGCCUCAGCCGGAGACCAAUCAGAGCUCUAGGUGCUCUCUUGGGCGGAUGUUUCCUCCUCCUCCUGUGGAGAAGUGGGAGACUUUGAAAAGUUUCCAGGAUUGUGUUUCUUGUCAUGAAAUAUGUGAACAUGGCAAGUAAGAAACUGAGAAGAGCAGGGUUGCCGCAGGAGCUUUGUAAGAGACUCAGUCGACAUCAGAUCACUACUUGUCAGGAUUUUUUAUGUCUUUCACUACUGGAGUUAAUGAAAGUGACUGGACAGAGUUACUGGAAUGUGCAGAAGCUUCUUCACACAGUCAGCCAAGCAUGUGCUCCCAGAAUGCAAACUGUUUAUGAAAUGAAAAUGAAAAGAACCACCAACCCUUCAUCAGCAUUCUUGCCCACAACACUGGGAGAUCUGGAUAAAAUAUUGCAUGGUGGAAUUGCCUGUGGCUCUCUUACAGAGAUAACUGGUCCAUCAGGUUGUGGCAAGACUCAGUUUUGUAUUAUGAUGAGCUUGCUGGCGACGUUUCCCAUCAGCUUGGGAGGAUUGGAUGGGGCAGUUAUAUAUAUUGAUACAGAAUCUGCAUUCAGUGCUGAAAGGCUUCUUGAGAUGGCACAGCACCGUUUUCCUGAUUAUUUUGCCACAGAAGAAAAGCUGGUUUUAAUUGCCAGCAGAAUUCAUCUUUAUCGGGAAUUCACCUGUCACAGUGUGUUGAAAAGGAUUGAAUCUUUGGAAGAAGAAAUUAUUUCAAAGAAUGCCAAACUAGUAGUAAUUGAUUCUGUUGCUUCUGUAGUUAGAAGAGAGUUUGAUGCAAAACUUCAGGGCAACCUGCAGCAAAGGAGCAACUUACUGACUAGGGAGGCAUCAAUAUUGAAGUACUUGGCUGAAGAAUUUUCAAUACCAGUUAUCUUGACGAAUCAGAUUACCACAUGGCUGAGCGAUGGCCUUGCUGUACAGGCAGACCUGCUGUCUCCAGCUGAUGACUUCUCUCUGUCUGAAGCUUCUGGUUGCAAAGUCCCCCGAUUGCGCCAUUCACAUCUUUCCUGUACAGAAUUGAAAAUUCAGGGUUCGUUCCUCCAAGUCAGAGUCGAAGUCAGUUGCAGAGAAGCAGAUGGAGAAGAAAUUAAGAGGUACAUGCAAGGGCAAAAGGAGGGAGGAGGGUGUUUUUUCAUACAUGCAAGCAUAUGAUUUUUCCAUAUGGAUGCUUAUGGGUUUUUUCUCUCUGCAAAGAAAUGGACUCUUGUCUAUUUAAAAAGCAAACAUUCCCUUGUGAUGACCCUCUAAGGAUCUCACAGCUAAUAUAGUUUUAUAAACAGUUUGUAAUGUCAUGUAGAUGCCUCUAAAAGUACUCUCUUUAGAAACAAUGCUUCUGUCUCACAUUUCCUGGCAUUUUCUUCUGCAAUGCUUGAUGUGUUAGUCUUCAAAACAAGAUCCCUGUUGUGAUGGAUUCAUCUGCUGCUUUGGGUUGCCUUCAUUUGAUCGUGGCCACAAUCCAAAUAGCUGUUACUUGUGCCCAAGGACUCCAGUUUCCUCACUGAGACUCUUUUUAUUAUUAUUUUAAGCAGUCCCUGUUCAACAAACUGUUUUGAAACUCUCCCAGUUCCCAAAAGUGGCUAUGCAGGGGAGCUGCAAUUCCUUCUUUAAAGGAAAAUUUAUAUAUCAAACACCUCACUAGCCAAGUGUAGGUAAUUGUACUGGUCUGUGAAUCAUAGUAGCCUUUAGACAGAGCUUUCUGGUGUCAGAUGAGGAACUGAUAGCAACUCUAGCCACCCAGUUCUUAAUGAGUUUGCAUCGCCAUCAAAUGUCUACAUGCACUGCAAACUGUUUAUAUGCUAACAGUGAGAUCCUUAUCCUGCUAUGAUGAUUUUAUGAAGAAGGGUGAAUUCAGACUAUGAAUUAAUUUGAUGCCAGCUGAAACACUGUGCUAAAACUAAAAAAGGAUAAAGAAUACAUUCCCACAUGGAAGCAUGGCUCAUGGGCAUAGAAUGUCUUUCUCGUACUAGCCAAAUUAUUCAUCAGCUGCUGAAUCGCUUUUGGAGCCCUGGUACAUAGAGCUGGCGAAAAAUCCACCAUAAUUGUCCUCUGAUUCAGCAUCCUCUCUCCUUUCCUCCUCUGUACACUUGAGUGAAGUCUGCACUUUGCUGAAAGUGAGAAAUUUAUUAGCACAAGAGCUUUUCUGUCACAAUCUCUUUACAACAUCAAAAGGUUUAUAUCUGGAAUGCAAGUUUUAAUCACUUUAACAGGUUGACGAGAAAUCAAGAAUUCUUUGACUGCAAUUGGAGCUGUUUCUAUGCUGUUUUCGCCAUGGAACAGAGCAACACUAUUACCUAUUCAUAUAAAGCACUGAGCUCUACCAUUUUAAAACAUCUUUGGGGGCCAUGGGUACUUUCACUGGGGCAGUGGAUUAUAUUCUAUAGUUCUAGUCUAAAUUCUACUUAACAUGUAUUAUAUUUAUAUAUUGGCUGUACAUUUUACAAAUAAAUAACAGACACAAGUGGAACUUCUGAGAA